AUGUCGGAACGCGCGGCGACGCCGCACGACGAGGCUUCGGCCGCUGCCGCCGUCGCCCCACGUUCUCCCGAGCGGCACGCCAGUGCUACUGCCGAGGACGUCUUCUCGAACCUCGACCCAGCACUGCACCCAGCCACCCUGAACUCUGUCUCCAGCGAAGCCGAGAACCCCCUCGAGAGCUUCGCCCAGCACGUCCUCGGCGACAGCGGAGAGCCCGAGGCCGAGAGCCUCAUGCCCUUUGGCGAGGACAACACCCUGUUCACGCCCACGGGCGAGGCGCGUUUCGGACGCCUCGGUGAGGCGGACGCGCCUGAAGCCGACAAGGAGCGCAACGGUGACGGCACUGAGGCCCAGGAGCAAGCCCAGGGCGAGUUCCCUCCCUUCGGCGACGAGCACUUUGAGACCGCCGCUGCCGUCGCUGCUGUCACGACCGAGGCCGACGGAGACGUCAAGAUGGGCCGCAUUGUCGGCCGCAACAAGCGCCGCAGGGAAGGCGAGGAGAUUGUUGUCGGCCCCGUUGAGAACGGCGAGCCGAUUGACCCGAUCAAGAUGAAGAAGGACUCGCAUAAAGAGGUGGAGCGUCGACGAAGAGAGAACAUCAACGACGGUAUCAACGAGAUCGCGCGCCUGAUUCCCGGAGGUCAGGACAAGGUGGGCAAGGGCCAGCUUCUUCGCCGUGCGGCCGAGCACCUCGCUCAGGUCAAGGAGCGGUUAGCGCGCGUCGAUGCCGAGCUUGCGCAGAAGGACCACGAGAAGGCUCUGCUCAAGGGCGAACUCGAGCAGGCCCAGCAUCGCCUGGACGAGGAGCACGCGCGCAGCAUGCGUUUCGAGACCUCGUGGCGCGAGGCCGAGGACCGCGCCGCCGCGUCCCAGUUCGAGCUUGACCGCCUCAAGACGGAGCUCGACGAGCUGAAGAAGGCCCAGGCGACCGCCGAGGGCGGUGAGGCUGCCGAAGCCACCGCCGCCGCCGAGUAG